AGGAUUAAGCCUUGAUGAUGUGCGUCCUAAACCUACUAAGCUAGAUGAUGUGCAUCCUAAACCAACUAGGCUAGAUGAUGUGCGUUCAAAACCAACUAAGCUAGAUGAUGUGCGUCCUAAACCAACUAGGCAACCUAAACAAAUAUUAGGUUCAAGUGUUGUGACCAGUGUAACUAUAAUAGAGAGUGGAGAUAGUGAACUCAGAAAACGAUAUGAGGAAGAAUAUCUGAAGGCUAGAGAGGAGCAGAUAAAGAAAGUUUUUCAACCAAAAUUUGAAUUUUAUCUUUACAACGAUGAAGGAAGAAUUAUAAAACAGAAACUCUCAAUUCAUGAGAUUCAACAAAUUCUACUCCAGCAGAGUCAACAUUUAGGACUACAGCAGCUGGGUUGGAUGAUGGGAAAGAAUAAAACACACUGGGAAAGCAGUCCUACUGUGAGACCUCCUAAACCAAUCCCAACCAGUAUUCCAGAACCACCCACAACAUACUCCCUCCCUCUGCAGCAAAAUAUAGACAGCACAGCCAUGCUGGGUGUCAUUGGAAAAAUACAAGGGAUAGUUGCUUCAGCUUCGGCAAAAUCUGAAUCUUCCACAGAAGUAUCAUUAGAAGCAUCUUCAGAAGCAUCCAUACAAGCAUCUUCAGCAGAAUCUUCUGGAUCUGCUGAAGAAGUAAAUCUGAAAACAGGAAAGCCAAAGAAGAAAAAGAAAAACAAUUUAAAGAAAACAACAACAUCCACUGCUGCCCCACCAUCAAGUACAACAACUUUAACAACUAUAAUCAUCAAAACAACCACAACUACAACCGCAACGACUACAACAACCACAACAACAACAACCACAACUUCAACUACAACACCAACCACAACCACAACCACAACCACCACCACAACAACAACAUACAACAACUUCUACAACAACCACAGCAACCGUAACAACAACCUCUACAACGACAUCUUCAACCUCUACAACAACAUCAUCAACUACUACAACUACAAUACCAACAACCACUACAGCAACAACAACAACAAUAGAAACAACAACCAAAAUAACCGCAACAACCUCAACAACCACAACAACAACUUCUACAACAACAACUUCUACAACAACAACUUCUACAACAACAACUUCUACAACAACAACUUCUACAACAACAACUUCUACAACAACAACUUCUACGACAACAACAACCACAACAAACCUCAGCUUCUAAGUAUUAUCAGCAGCAGUAUAAGUGUAGGAGAAGAUACUAUCAUAAAACCAGAUGCUAUACCUGACAAUCAAGCAGGGAUCAACACUAAAGAAGAAGAUAAAACUGAUGCAUUUACUUGGGCUUGGAUUGAGAAUACGUCAGCUCGUCCCAAACCUCCUGUGGAUCCUAUUAUAGACCCCAGUGAAUUCCUUUUUCUAAAUCCAGCCGCUGAACCAGUCGAGGCAGCUGUUGUCCAGAUAAAUGAAGAGGAUGAUAUUACAGUUGUUGAAAAGGUUGUAGAUGUUUCCACUUUUCAACCUGUAACUAUUCCUUUUACAACUACAAAAUCACCUAUAAGAAGAAAUCCUAGCUAUAGCAAUCUAGUCUUCGCUACUCCCAAACCUCUUGUAGUGCAAGAGAUGGUACCCUGGAGCUUUAAGGAAGAGAUCGUUCCAUCUCCUGUAGGUGUGCCAGCUCCUGUAGAUGUUCCAGCUCCUGUAGAUGUUCCAGCUCCUAUAGAUAUUGCUUCAGAUAUCAAAACUGGAAAUAUUGACGUUCAGGCUAAACCUGGGAUAGGAAUUAUUACAAUAGAAAGUAACAUAAUUGUGGAACAAGAUAUUUCAACUGUUGAAAAUAAUUCCAGCGAUCACGAAGAUCACAAUCAUGAUCAUGAACAUCAUGAACAUCAAGAGGGAGAUCAUGAGCACCACGAAGAAAAUCAUGAUAAUCAUGAAGGAGAACAUGAGCACCAUGAAGGUGAACAUGAGCAUCACGAAGGAGAACAUGAACAUCAUGAAGUAGAUCAUGCGCAUCAUGAUCAUGAUAAUCAUGAACAUCAUGAUCAUGAUUUUCAUCAUCCAUCUCAAAGCAAGGAGAGUAUUCCUGCUGCACCUGAGGGUAAUGUUGGCCUUCUAGAGUCUACCGAGGGGAUUGAUCAGGAAACUAAACGGUUCAUUGAGAUUAAUAAUGAGAUUGGUUUGAAGAUGUACCGUGAUAUUAUUACGCGGCAUUCAGAAGAGAAUGUCGUCUUUUCUCCCUUUGCUGCAACAUCCUCUUUAGCUAUGCUUUUCCUGGGAGCUCGUGGAUCAACCUCGUGGGAGAUAAAUGAGCUUCUAAAGAUUGAUGAAAUGUUUACAUUUAACCCUCAUCUUCUUUAUAAAAAUAUUUCAGAUACUUUAGUGAAGAAUACUGAUUCAUUUGUUUGUGGCACAAGUAAACUUGUUGCUAUUUCUCAGGAAGUUGAGCGUGCAAUACAGUUCUACAAGAUGAGGGUCAACUUCUUCUAUAAUGCAAAGGUUGAGAAAAUAGAUUUUACUAAUCCAAUUGAGCCCCUGAUGAGGCUGUUGAAUGGUGAUCUGAAGGAUCAGACUGGAGGGCAGGUGGAGGAGGUUGUAGGAGAGGAGGAUAUUCAGGAACUAGGAGUUAAUCCUCCUCUAGCAAUUGUUGAUACUAACUAUUUCAAGGGUAUUUGGGAGUCCGAAGGAUCAGUUACUACCAUGCAGUUUAUUAACCUUCCUAGGGGUCGUAGACUUGUUCCUGUUGUUGCUAUAAGCUGGACUGGAGAGUUUAACGCCGGAUAUUCUGGAGAUCUUGAUACGACAGCUGUAGAACUUCCGCUUAAGGGGAAAGAGAUAAGCGUAAUUUUCCUGCUACCCGGAAAGGUUUCUGAGUUUAUAGCAGGAGGUCUUUCUAAAAUGGAAAACCAGUUGGAUCUUGAAGCUUGGAAUAAAAUACUAAGCUCGUUUGGCCGGCAUUCCCUAGAUGUUCAGAUUCCUAUGUUUAGUUCAAAAUCAAUUCUAGAUUUAAACCUUACCCUGCAGGAACUUGGACUUAACAGUGCUUUCGGUUCUAGUGCGGAUUUUUCUGGAAUUGACGGAGCUAAGGAUCUAAAGCUUUCUUCGUUCGCUCAGAUUAAUCAAAUUGAUAUUACACAGGAGGAAGACGAUUUCCGGAAAAGAAGAAAUUCUAGAAUGGCGAACAGUGAAUGGGCGGCUACUGUUGAGUAUAUUGGUAAUGAGGGUACCUUAGGCAAAAGCAAGGGAAAAAUAAAGAAGAACAAUCUAGAACGAAAGAUCUUGAAACCUAAUUUUCACAUGGGGACAGUGGAAAAGGUUGAGGGAAGAACAACAACCCAUAACAAGAAAUCCGGGAAAAUCCAGGAAAAAUUCCACCAAGGAGAAGUAGAGAAAAUAGAUACUAAAGUGUUUAUGGAAAGCUUAAAGAAUCCUAAAAUUAAAGAUUCUAAAAGAGAAAAAGAUGACGUUGUCGCUUUCCUGCGGCGGCAAAAUAGACAAAGCCCGACUUAUCAAAUACAUUUAGAGCGUCAAUUUAUGUAUUUGGUCCGGCACAAUCCUACUGGUAUGCUGCUGUAUAUAGGUAGAUACUAUGAACCUCCGGAGGAAUAAUAAAGCUUUUUUGCAACAAACUAUCAUGUGUAAUAUGAAACAGGACAAGUGAAAAUAUUCCAGUGAAAUUUGCUCGAACAAAUGAUGCUUAAAGAUAAUCAGCACAGAUCUGACAAGAAUUUGCGAAAAUGUGGCAAAUUGAAAAUGAAAAGAAAAGCAAUGAUAAUAAAGAUUAUCUGUAAUCCAUCUUACGAGUGGUAUUACUGGCUGUAUUUAUAUACAGUGAUAUUCAGAAAACAAUGGAAUGAUUUUUGUAUGUUUUCUCUCUUUACAUUAUAAAAAUUUUCAGGGGUGUGCAAUUUUAAGAAUUCCACCUUUUUUGAACAUUAAAAAAUUCACUCUUUUCUCCAAGCCUAACUUAUCGUGAAAAAAAAAGAUUUUCAAACAGUAGUAAUAAUAUUUUACCAAUUACUAAUUCGUAAAGAAAUUUCAAGAUAUAUAGAAAAAUUUGACGACAAUCGUUUACAUUUGUUAUGCGGCUAGCAAUAAAUUUAAGAAUUGAUUUUUAAACUUUUGUUUAAAGAGUUUUUUAAUUGUGUUUCAUUUUUUUUCUUGCUGAGCCAAACUUUAAUUCUCUUGUUAAUAGUGCCUGACUGAAUUUAAUGGCAUGAUUUUUUCAAAGUGUGACAUAGGUGUGUUGGGUCGGUAAAGCUUAAAAAGAUUUCAACCCAUCUUUUUUAAUAUUUAGUAAUCACUUGUAAUAUUCGCUUUUCCUCAAUAAGGUAAAAUUCAAAAAUAUUGUAAGGAUGUACGUGUAUUUAUUUAAUUAAUUUAAUUUCUACAAAAAAGAACGAAGAAAAAACACAUAAAAUGGCAAGAUAUAAAUAACUGUCAAGAUUUUUUGUUUAUGAAUCUCAC